AUGGAUAUCUUCUAUGGUUCCCUCCUCUCUCUCCUUGUUAUUGUGAUCUCAUGCUCACUUUGUUUUGCUUUCUUUAAGCCAGCUGCAGAUGGAAAACUCCCACCUGGCAGAAGAGGGUGGCCAGUGAUCGGAGAAACUAUAGAGUUUGUCACCACCGGCUUGAAGGGUCACCCUGAAAAGUUUAUCUUAGAUCGCAUGACUAAGUUCUCGCAUCACGUUUUCAGGACCUCUCUAAUUCUACAGGAUGUGGUCGUGUUUUGUGGGCAGGAGGGUAACAAGUUCUUGUUCACAAAUGAAAACAAACUUGUUCUGCAAUGGUUGCCACCUUCGGUUGGAAAGAUCCUCCCUUUUUCUGACCAUAACAGGACGAAGGCAAAGAUGGUUCGAAAAUACUUCAAGCCUGAAGCUCUACGACAAUAUGUCCCAGUUAUGGACAAGGUGACACAGAAACAUUUUCAAACCGAAUGGGAAGGUAACGACCAGAUUAUGACCCAAAAACUCAUAAAAAACUUCACUUUUUUGCUUGCAUGCAAAAUUUUCUUCAGUAUUGAUGAUCCAGAAUGGGCCAAAACCCUAUCUGGCCCAUUCGAAAAGCUGGCUCCUGGAAUUUUCUCCAUCCCCAUAAACCUCCCUGGAACACCGCUACGUAAAGCAAUAAAUGCAGCCACCUUCCUCAGAAAAGAACUCACUGCAAUAGUAAAGAGAAGAAAGAUUGAUUUGGCUGAUGGGAAAGCUUCGCCUAUACAAGACAUUUUAUCGUUGUUUCUGUGUGACGAGGAGGCCAAAUCCAUGCCAGAAAUUGAAGUCGCUGAUCUUAUUGUUGGGUUGUUGAUCGGCGGCCAGGACAGUUCAAGCUCAACAUGUGCAGUCAUUGUUGAAUAUCUCGCCGAGUUGCCCGAGAUUUACGAGGGUGUCUACAAAGGUAUUAAUAUUAAGCUGAAUAUUCUUUUGUUAAUUUCUACUAAUUAA